GGCGCCUCGUCCGAGGCCAUGAGGUUCGAGCCCGGGCAGCGGCUGCAGUUCCGAGAGAAAGGCUCCGUGUGGAAGUGGGGCUUCGUCACCCACGUGAAGCCGCUGAAGGUCGACUUCGCGGCGCGCGAGGAGGUGCGCCUGACGCCAGCGUCGCCCGCGCUCGACGCUGCGGCGCAGAGGGCCAUCUCCUUCGCCGCGGGGCCCGCUGCCCUGGCGGCCGCUGCGCCCGCCGCGGCCGCCGCGAGGGCGCCGGCCGCGGCCGCGCGCGCCGUGCCGAACUGGGGCGGCCCCAAGGAGGGGCGGCGGACGCGAAGCCAGCGGCGCAGCAGGUGGAGAAGCCCGCGCCGACGGGGCCGGCGGUGACCGUGGUGCGGAAGGUCGCCCCGGCCCCCGCUGCCCCUGCGGCGGCCGCGACCUUGCCGCCGGGCGCGCCGAAGCCCGCCGGCAAGGUCGCGAAGGAGUUGGAGGCAGACCUUGACGACUUCUUCGGGGACAAGCCGAAGAGUUCUCCCCCGGCGGUCAAGCCAGGUGACCCUGCCGCGGCGCCGCCCGCCGCCAGCAACGGGCACGAACAGGUUGUCAAGACGCCCAAGGAGCCCGAGAAGCCAUCCGGACAGAUGGGCGUGGAGAACGACUUCGACUUCGACUUCUGACGGCGGGCUGCCCUGGCAGUCGUCUUCCCCGGCGUGC